AUGUUGAUUUAUGUUUUCGUUCUACUACUGCCAAUUACCAUACUCGAUUCAAUUAAUCCAUUGACGACAACUCGAUCUUAUGUUAUCAAAAAAGACUUCUUUCGGGGAGCGAAAGCUAAUGAAUUUACAAUUCUAGAUCCAUCGAAGAAACAACCACAAUAUCGCAUCGAAUCUCGAUAUGGUCUCCUACAAAAUGCUGAACUUGUUGUUUACCCAUCGAAACAACCCAUCGCUAAGCUACAACAAAAAUUUAAACUACUUCUCUAUAGUGGAAUAAUCUCUAUUUUGGAUCAGAAUUCCAAUCAAUGGAUAAAUGGAACAAUUCAAGAAAACUUUCGUGGCACUUACAUAAUCGAGUGGAAUGGACAACGUGUAAAUGUGAAAUCAAUUGCUAUUGACAAUGAUUCUACUGAAACAAUUUUAGACGAAGUAUUGAAAAUCAAAUUUGAAUUUCACAAUAUAAAACAAUGUCAGCAAUAUAUUGAACAAACAUCACAAAAAAAUCGAUUAAUACUUAUUGUUAGUAGUCGAUUGGGACGAGAAAUAGUACCUUCCAUUUAUAAACUUCGACAAGUUAUAUCAAUUUAUAUUUAUUGUAUGGAUAAGAAAAAUAAUGAACAAUGGGCUCUAAAAUUUGCAAAAGUCAAAUCUGUUGUUUCUGAUCUUGAUGAACUUGUCUCUAAAAUUACAACAGAUCAUAAUAUUCAGAAAAAGAUAGAAGAACCAUUAUCAAUCAAUAUUUUCUCAACAAAUCUUGAUGCAGGAAAAUCAAUAUUAAGAGUUAAUGGACAAUUUGUUUUUUCUCAAAUUCUUAUUGAUUGUCUUCUAAGACUAAAAUCAACUGAAAUAGACAAAAAUGAACUUAUUAAUUGUUGUCGAAAUGAAUAUAAAGGGAAUCAGACUGAACUUAACAAUCUUUAUGAAUUUCAACAAAAUUAUUCACCUGAUAAAGUAUUGUGGUGGUAUACAAAAGAAACAUUCUUUUAUAAAACUCUUAAUGCAGCUUUACGUACACAAAAUAUUCAUAUGAUAUUUUUAUUUCGAUCAUUUAUUUAUGAUAUCUAUCGUCAACUGCAAAAAUCUCAAUCUAAGCGUUCUUUAAAAGUUUAUCGAAGUCAACUAAUGUCGAUCGAUGAGUUAGAUGGUCUUAAAAAGAAUAUUGGCCAAUUCAUUUCUAUAAAUUCAAUGUUUUCUACUAGUAAACAACGUCGAACAGCUCUCUUCCUCCUAGGUGAUAUAACUACAAAGAUUGAUUCAGAACGAGUUUUAUUUGAAAUUGAUGCUGAUCCUGAGAUAGUCAAUGCAAAACCGUUUGCUAAUAUUAGUAAACAUAGUUAUUUUCCAGUUGAAUCAGAAGUUCUUUUUAUGAUUGGUUCUAUUUUUCGUCUUAAUAAUAUUCAUCGUAAUGAUGAUCAAAUAUGGAUCAUUAAAAUGACUUUGUGUAAUGAUGAUGAGCAUGAUUUAAAACAAGUUCUUAUGUAUAUGAAACAGCAAAUCGAAGAUGGUGAAAUGAAUCUUCGAAUAUUAGGAAAUGUACUAUGGGAAAUGGGUAAAUUUGAUUUAGCUGAAAAAUAUUUUACUCGUUCGUUGCAACAACUUCCAUCGAAUGAUCCAUUACAUAUUAGUUUAUAUGAAGAUCUUGGUAAACUCGCAUCACAAAGAGGUGAUUAUGAUAUGAGUAUGAAGUGGCGUCAAAAAUUACUUACAUUUAAAGACAAAAAUCCAUUCGUUAUCAAUGUUAGUGUUAAUAAAACAAACGAUUCUCUUAGUAAAUUUAUUCGUCAAACACUAUUCGUAUUCAAAAAGCCACCUCAAUUAACUGUUAAUCCCAUUAAUAUCAAUACAAAAUGGAAACAACAUGGAAUUACUAUUGCUGGAGGAAAUGGAUAUGGCAAUAAAUUAAAUCAACUGCCUCAUCCUCAAGGUAUCUAUGUUGAUGAUGAUCAUCAAACUAUUUAUAUCGCUGAUUUUGGAAAUGAUCGUAUUGUUGAAUGGAAAUAUGGAGCAAAUCAUGGUCAAGUUAUUGCUGGUGGAAAUGGAAAGGGAAAUGGAAGUGAUCAAUUGAAAUGUCCAACAGAUGUAAUUGUUGAUAAAAAGAAUGGUUCUCUCAUUAUUUGUGAUUAUGGGAAUAGUCGAGUGGUAAGAUGGUCUCGACAAAAUGGUACAAAUGGAGAAACAAUCAUUUCUGACAUUGAUUGCCGAGGUCUAACAAUGGAUAAGAAUGGAAAUCUUUAUGUGUCCGACUGGAGGACGAAUGAAGUGAGACAAUGGAAACAAGGGGAGAGAAAAGGAACAAUAGUAGCAGGUGGGAAUGGAAAAGGAAAUCAUUCCAAUCAACUCCAUUAUCCUACUCAUAUCUUCGUUGACGAAGAUUAUUCAGUUUAUGUGUCGGACACAGAGAAUCAUCGUGUAAUGAAAUGGAUGAAAGGUGCGAAAGAAGGUAUUGUUGUUGCUGGUGGAAAACGUAAAGGAAAUAGUUCAACACAAUUGUCUUGUCCUACGGGAAUGAUUGUUGAUCAUUUGGGUAAUAUUUAUGUGGCUGACAAAAACAAUCAUCGAAUAAUGCGUUGGUGUGAAGGAUCUAAGGAAGGUAGUAUUGUCGUUGGUGGAAAUGGAUGUGGAGAUGAACCAAAUCAGUUGAACUGUCCCAAAGAUUUAUCAUUCGAUGUCCAAGGUAAUCUCUAUGUUGUCGAUUACUGGAAUCAUCGAAUACAAAAAUUUGAUAUUGAUUUGGAUUAA